AUGCCGAUCGCUCGUCCGCGUACCCGAAAAAUUGCCACUACCACCACAACGAAGGCCUCCAAGUCGGUUAAGCCCGCCAAGACGCUCAAGUCUACUCCGAAAAAAUCCGGAGCUACAAGAGUGAAGAAAACGGAAAAGAAAGCCACUGACAAAGCGAAGCCCAAUCCUAAGAAAGAAGUGAAGAAGCCGAAGCCGAAGGUUCUUCGGGAGCACGCUCCGGGGAUUCGGGUUUGCGAUGAUGUUCCGGUUUUUGAGUGCUGUCCGGUGAAGGGCCCGAUGGUGUCGGUGCUGGCAGACGACGUGGGCUCCUCGGCCUAUUCCGUCAUGCUCCAGUACGACGACACGCAUAACCAUCACAAGUACUAUGCCAUGCAGGCGCUCAGACUGCCCGACGCGAAAUUCGGCUGCCUUUUCUGGUGGGGACGCACAGGAUACCCAGGCAGAAAAGCGCUCGUCAAGUCGUACGAUAAGAAGAACAUCAUCAAGACCUUCUGCACAAAGUUCCACUCAAAAAGCGGCCUUGACUGGGCUGACCGCAACUUGGGAGCUGUCCACGGAAAAUAUCGCAUAGUUACGGCCGAUCAAUUCGGAAAAUCACCAUCACCUGAAGAGAAAAUGGAAUCGCAGGAGGAACAACAGGCUACGCACGCUAAAAGCCGUCUUCCCGAGGAGCUGAAAAGCUUUCUGGAGCUGAUCACCGACCGGAAGAUGUUUGCCGCUGGGAUCAAACAAAUCGAGGAGCAUUACGAUAACUCGGAGGAGAUGCCGAUUGGGAAAUUAACCCCAGGACAGCUUGAGAAGGGAUAUGAAUGCUUGCGGAAAAUUGAGGCGGAAAUGGCUAAGGAACUUCCCUGCAAACUUUCGCUACAAGAAGCGAGUGACUGCUUUUACGAGCACAUUCCACACAAUUUUGGGGAUCAGGGCCCACCAGUAAUCGAUAACAGCGACUUGAUCAAGGACAAGGCCCUACUUUUGAAUACGCUCGCAGAGGUCCAAAUCGCCCUCCGAAGAAUGGAAGAAGCCGAAGCUACCGAGGCAAAUGGCAUGACAAACCACAUCGAUGCUCUUUACAAGGCCGAAAAGCUGAAGUUGGAGGUGGUGCAGCCAGAUUCCGAGGAAUACAAAGUAAUCGAUCAAUACCUCAACAUGAACCACUCACCGGCACACGAAUUUGACAUGAGUAUGGUGACGCUGUUGAAGGUGAAGAAUCCGAAGGAAGCGCCUUAUUACAAGGAUUUGGGGAACAAGAUGCUACUCUGGCACGGUUCGAGACUGCCUGCUGUUUUUGGGGUUCUUGCUCAUGAGCUGCAAGUGGCACGUCCUGAGACACCAAACGAUCAAAAGGCUUCAGGCUUCAUGUUCGGGCGUGGCCUCUAUUUUGCCGACGCAUCCUCCGAAUCGGCCGUCUAUUGCCAUAUUCCGCAUUCUGGAGAUGGUGUGUUGAUGUUGGCUGAGGUCUCCCUCGGCAACCCCCUAGAAAAAGCCGGGCCCGAUUUCAAUGCUCGAGACCUUCCUGAAGGCAAAGAUUCGGUUAUCGGCAAGGGACGAAAAGCUCCGGAAUGUGAAGAAUUUGACGAUGAGGAAGGAUAUAAAAUCAUGGUCGACGACGUCCGUGUCCCGAUCGGACCUCUGAAAAAGGUCCCGGGAAGAAAAGGCAAGCUGCAGCUCAACGAGUAUACCGUAUAUCACCCAAAUCAGGCCCGUAUUCGCUACUUUGUUCGCGUGCACUUUGACCGGAGCACGAAA